CGUAGCUUCACUCCCCAAUUUUAAGACAUUUUUUGAAGCCUUUUGUCUUGACCUAUUUAAAAGCUUUUUUUCUUCUCCACAUACCCUUUUUUCUCCUUCUUCUUCUUCUUCACUUCUCGUUCAUAAUGGCACCUAUCGAUUCUGCCCCCGUCGAUCCUAACGCUCCUCUCAAGAAGAAGCCCAUCUCCUAUGCAAACUUGGCUCUCGGUGCUACUUUGAACUUGUUCGAAGUCUCUACCCUCGGUCAGCCUUUCGAAGUCAUCAAGACUCAGUUGGCUGCUAACCGUGGUCAGUCCAUGGUCAAGGCCUUGAGCUCGAUCUACAGCCGUGGUGGUCUUCUUGGUUUCUAUCAAGGUUUGAUUCCCUGGGCUUGGAUUGAAGCCAGUACCAAAGGUGCUGUCUUGCUCUUCACUGCCUCCGAAUUUGAAUACCGCGCACGCGCUGCUGGUGCCUCUCCUUUCUUGGGUGGUAUCAUUGGUGGUAUGGGUGGUGGUAUCGCUCAGGCUUACACUACCAUGGGUUUCUGUACCUUUAUGAAGACCGUUGAAGUCACUCGUCACAAGUCUGCUACUAAGGAGUCUACUUUCAAGAUUGCUGCUGAUAUCUACAGACGAGAGGGUAUUGCUGGUAUCAACAAGGGUGUUAACGCUGUUGCUGUGCGUCAAUGUACCAACUGGGCAUCCCGUUUCGGUAUUACCCGUUUCGCACAAGACGCUAUUAUCAAAGCUCGUUAUGGCGAUGCUCCUGAUGCUGCCAAGCAUGCCACAGUCCUUGACAAGGCGCUGGCGUCCGUCAUUGGUGGUGCUCUGUCAUGCUGGAACCAACCUAUUGAAGUCAUUCGUGUUGAAAUGCAGAGUCAAGUCAAGGCUGAAGGCCGUCCUGAAAAGAUGUCCAUUGGCAAGGCCGCAGGCUGGAUCUACCAGAACAAUGGUAUCAAGGGCUUCUACAGAGGUGCUCUUCCUCGUAUCGGUCUCGGUAUGUGGCAGACUCUGUGCAUGGUUGCUUUGGGUGACCAUUUCCGUGCUCUCUUCAAGACCAAUUAAAAUGCUUCCUUCAUCCGCUUCCCGAUUCUCACAGCCACCACAAGCAGAGAUGAAUCCUCAAAAGGAAAGAUUCAUUGACAAAAAAAGGCCAACAUUCAUCAGCAUUUCAUAUUACUAUUGUUCUUUUUUUGUUUUCUGUAAAAUAUACACCUGUUUAGACAGUUUUAAGUUUACUUCGUUUGCUGGUUCUCAUUUUUCACGUGGGUUGUUGGUAAUGGAUACGAGCGUGGGUAUCAUUAAAUAUUCAACAUGUUCCCAUUCUGUCCACGUUCAAUACUUACCAUGCUUUUUGACGUUGCUAGCUUUCAAUGCGUAAUGCUGAUGUAGAUGGUUGGAGCGUAGCAAAUACUGAAAAGUUAUACACAAUUUUUAGCGGAGAAAAA